AUGAUCUCUCGAAUCUUCCGAGUGCGCUUUGUAAUCCAGGGGGACGAACAUCUCGUCGCCUUAAAACAUCAAUCCUGCGUAAUCACGCCAAAUCAUCAAACAUUUCUUGAUUUCUUGUGUAUGUGCGAACUAUGGCCAAAAUUUGGCCGUUGCGUUACACUUGCAAAAAACACUGUAUUAUGGGGAUUUCCAUUCGGUCCGGCCGCCUAUCUGGUUGGGACAUACUUUAUCGAACGUAACUAUUCCGAAACUACAAGUGCGACUAUUGAACGAUUAAGCAAAGACAUGAUGGCAGACGGGAAAAAGGUGAUCAUUUAUCCGGAAGGGUCAAGGAAUUCGGGGGCGGAUUUUCUCCCAUUUAAAAAAGGCGCGUUCCACAUUGCCCUGAAAAAUCAGAUCCCCAUUCUUCCAAUAGUGAUCGGACCGUACCGAUUUCUUAGCAAUAAUCCUUACCAAUUUGGGACAGGAACGGUCCAUGUCACCAUUUUACCGCCGGUUGACACGAGUCAGUACAAUUUGGAGGACGUGUCCCAACUAUUGAACCAUGUCAGACACGAAAUGAAACAUGAGUUUGAAAGAUUGCGAAAUAUUGAUAACAUUUAACAUUUAUGUAUGUAAAUGAGUGUACGAGUCUGAGAAUAAAAAUUAUUUAGUAUUUUU